GUUUCUUGGAAUAUGAAUCUCAUAAAGCAGCUUCUUUAGCCAAAAGAAAACUGGGCACAGGUCGAAUCAAAGUUUGGGGCUGUGAUAUCAUUGUUGAUUGGGCCGAUCCCCAAGAAGAGCCAGAUGAAGAAACAAUGUCAAAGGUUAAAGUUUUAUAUGCACGAAACCUGACAGCAGAUCUCACAGAAGAAAAACUUAAGGAAAUGUUUGAAGCCUAUGGAAAAGUGGAUCGAGUGAAAAAAAUAAAAGACUAUGCCUUUAUUCAUUUUGCGGAAAGAGAUGCUGCUGUUAAAGCUAUGGAUGAAGUCAAUGGGAAGCAGUUCGGAGGUUCUACUGUUGAGGUGUCUUUAGCUAAGCCCCCCUCGGAUAAGAAGAAAAAAGAAGAGGUUUUAAGAAAUAGAGAAAGGAGAAUGAUGCAGACUUUAGGCCGGGGUGGAAUGAUGGUUGGAAUGUUACCUACCCCUCCACGGGGUCGCGGUGGAAGAGUACCUCCAAAUGCUCCUAGAAAUUUUGAUUAUGAUUAUGACUAUUAUGGUUAUGGAGAAUAUCCUGCCGGUGGUGGUGGAGGGUAUGGCGAACCAUAUUAUGAUGAUUUCUAUGCUCCACCAUUUGAUGACUAUGGAUAUGAUUAUGGUUAUGCUACUCCACCUCGGCCAUAUGCAUCACGUGUACCUCCACCUCCACCACCCCCAGAAAGAGUUCCACGAGGAGGAGGAAGAGUUGCCCGAUCUGCUCCUCCACGAGCUUCAUCUGCGCGUUCUAGGGGAACGACAAAUCGUGGUCGUGGUGUCCGAGGAACAGCACGUGGAGCUGCAAAGCCUACGCCGCGUGGUGGUAAACUCAGGGGAAAUAUGGCUGUGGAUAUGUACAACCAUAUAAUGUGACAGAUGAGCUAGAAGUGAAACUGCUGGAAGACUGAAAUGAUCUGUAGUUUUUUACUGUAUGACCUUCUGGCAGAACAGCUGAAGUAUUUUACUCUUGUCCAUAGAAAAAAUUGCUGUGAUGAAGCUGCCUGCCAGUGACUUUGAAUAAUAAAUGUUCGUUUUUAAGUA